AUGGCACACAUUUAUUAUACUCCCAGUGGUGCAGCAGUCGUAGUGAUCACUCCUCCCCGCGCAGGUGUAAGGUCAGUGAACUUGAUUUUCCUCAACGGUUCCUGGAUAAUAUCACGCCUCCCGAAACAAUCGCGGUCUAUCCUCCGUCACUGCGACUGUUUUUGGCAGCCAUUUAUUGCUUCUUUGUGAGUAUUGAUAUUAAGUUUUUUCUAAGUAAUUCGCGAUCGCUUCAACUUAACUAGUGCGCUUAUGUUUCAAAUCGUUCCCAUAGUCGAUAUUUCCAGUGUUUAUAGUUUAUACCGAGAAGGAACGACAUCUUGUAACAUAGAGAAAUUAAAAAUAGAAAUAUCAUGAAGUAAUCCGUGGCAAAUUUAGAACUCGCAUUUGUUUUUUCAUGUUCUUUCCAGCAUGUGAAUAUAACGAACUUUAAUUCUCUGACAUUUAAGUGAUUUGGCAGUUCCUCUCUGCGAAGACAACGGCAACAUCACCACUAUGAGUUCUUCCAAGUAACUUCCUCGAAACCGUCCAUUAAAAUGUCGAUGUAAACUUACCUUUCGUAAUUUUCACAAUCGAGAAGUUCCUUUCAGUCAUUUAAAUAAUAUCUGUAAGAAAUUCAUCUCUUUUCUACGAAAAAUGGGUAUUUUAGAUAUUAUUCCAGUUUUCAUAUCUAUCGCGAGAGUUGUCUCUCAAUUGUUGUUAAUUGUUUACUUACUAAUAAAUUCUGUGUUUCGGCUUUCCGCAGACCCGAGCGACGAGGAAUGAACGAAUCAUCUCAAGAAGAAAGACCAUCGGACAUUUCCCUUGUGGGGUGGUCACUAGCUUUUGGCAUAAUGUCAAUAAUCAUCAUCACAGGCAACUCAAUUGCCAUUGCGGUGCUCACAAGAAGGCGACUACUACGCAGGCGAACAAGCUAUUUUCUUCUUUCUCUUGCUGUAGCUGAUAUGACAGUUGGAAUAUUUUCAGUUCCAGCUUUCAUCUAUCAGUUUGUUAGCUUCUGGCAACAUGGUUCUGUCUCAAAAUCCACACUUUUGAACAUUGUGAAAGCAAUGGACGUAUUUUGCGGCCUGGGGUCUACAUUCACUCUGACAAUAAUCGCCUUGGAAAGAGUGUAUGCGAUUUGUUUCCCGAUCCGUCACAGAACCUCCACAAAAAGGUUGUACCACGCCUUGGUUUCUUGCGUUUGGAUCUUAGCGACGCUCUUGUCAAGUCUGUACUUUUUCCAUGAAUACGACUUGAUCGAACACAAAGUGUUCUUCUGGUUUCUUAUUUUGACGUUCUUCUCUUCCAUGCUUGUAAUGUUGUUAGCUUAUCUCGCCAUCUGGAUAAAGGCCCGCGUCCAGCAGAUGUACUUUAGAGAGGCAAGUGUAGAGUCUUCUGGAGCUGGAUCCGACCGAAAGAGACUUCCAUGCAUCAACGAAAACAGCAGCAGGGACAGAAGUCGGCGAGCCAUCGAGAAUGACCGAAAAUUGGCCUUGACUGUGUUUAUAGUGACGACAGUUUUUAUCCUAACUUGGCUUCCAUUUCACGUCAUUAAUCUAAUUGUGUUUUUGAGGUGUAAAUCUUUUCCAUGCCUUGCGCAGCCUUCACAUCAACUGAUUUAUACCGUGAAAUUACUUCAUUAUACAAACUCUAUUUUAAACCCAGUUAUUUAUUCGCUCAGACUGCAGGAUUUUCGGUCAACUUUGAAAAAAUUCCUUUACCGUAAAGGAUGA